GGACCGCGGCCGAUCCCGCCCGCGGGUUGCCGUGGUGACCCCGUGGCGCCGCCAGGUGGCGGUGUCUGUGAGUCACGCCCGCCAGGUGGAAGUGCCGGGCUGUGCCAGCGGGGCGGCGGGCUCACCUAUGGGACUGGGCAGAAGCAAACACAAACGCGGGAAAGGUGAGAAGCAAAACAAGGAGUACACCUAUUCAGGCCCAAGGCCUAAGGAAAGGUCGAUGAACAGGCAGUCCCAGGACUCUAAGAAGCCACUAGACACUGCGCCUGCAGAGGGUCACUCUCAGAAGAAGGCGGCAGCCAAGCAGCACUGCCUGCCACCCGAAGUCAAAGAGAAAACUGAGGCAAAGGUCAGGCUGAACGAGAAGAGAGCUGUCCUUCCACAUAUCGUCAUCAGCAGAGCCUCAAGCAAGACUACCGUCAGCUACCACUCCAGCUCCAGCAGGAACGAGGAGCAGAAGACCAUUCGGGAGCCGGUGGAAUGGGGCCCCUACGCCCGGCACAGGAACCCCAGCACCAUUGAUGCCUACACCUCACAAACCAAACAAUAAACGGCCACCAGGGGUAGCUGUCCCCCGUU